GUUUAAUCAGAGGUGGUGUGAUGCGCGUACAGUGACGCUCGAAGAUGCUCAUAAACAGUUUUUUGUUAUCGAGCGGCGGGCGUGACGCGAUUAACACCGGCAACACUGAGGAACUUAUCUCGUCAUGGUAGAUAAUCGAACACCCAUUAACUCGGAAAAUAAAUAUUGUAUGGUAAAUGCGGAUCAGGAUAACUCAAGAGAAAUACACGCGAAAGAAACGAUGCCUUCGGAGCUAAGGUCGAUCAGCGUGGCCGACUGGAUCACAGUCGCGGUCCUCUGUUUCGUAAAUCUCAUAAAUUAUAUGGACCGCUUCACGAUUCCUGGAAUAUUAACGUACAUCAAGCAUGACUUUAGUAUCACUAACGAUAAGUCUGGGCUACUGCAAACAGCAUUCAUUUUGAGCUACAUGGUGUUUGCGCCAUUAUUUGGAUAUUUAGGAGAUCGUUACAAUAGAAAAUUUAUUAUGAGUGGUGGUGUAUUUUUAUGGUGCCUAACAACAUUUAUUGGUUCUUAUAUGAAAACCUUUGGAUGGUUCCUAUUCUUUAGGACACUUGUUGGCAUAGGAGAAGCUAGUUACUCUACAAUUGCGCCAACAAUUAUUAGUGAUUUAUUUAUAAAAGAUGUACGUUCUAAGAUGCUCGCCCUAUUUUACUUUGCUAUUCCAGUUGGAAGUGGUUUAGGAUAUAUUACUGGAGGUGAAACAGCUCGUAUUACUGGUCAAUGGCAAUGGGGGUUGCGUAUUACUCCAGUAUUAGGAAUUGUAGCGAUUCUUCUGUUACUUUUUGUAGUAAGAGAUCCUAUCAGAGGUGAACGUGAAGGAGGUAUUCAUUUGACAAGUACUACAUGGUCAUAUGAUGUCAAGCAAUUAUUAAAGAAUUCAAGUUUUAUGCUGUCUACUGCAGGAUUUACUUGUGUAGCGUUUGUCACUGGUGCGCUGGCAUGGUGGGCGCCAAUAUAUUUACAAUUAGGUUUCCAAUUACUUCCUUAUGAAGCAAAUGCUGAUCCAGAAGAUGUUGCAUAUCAGUUUGGCUUAAUUGGUAUGGCAUCUGGUCUAAUAGGUGUACCUUUAGGUUCUGCUAUAGCACAAAAAUUACGAACUUACUGGCAACAAGCUGAUCCUCUGAUAUGUGCCGUAGGCCUUUUAAUAAGUGCUCCUCUAUUAUUCUUCGCUAUGAUUACUGCCAAUACAAAUUCUACUCUUUGUUAUAUAUUAAUAUUUUUUGGUCAGUUAUCACUAAAUUUGAAUUGGGCUAUUGUAGCAGAUAUAUUAUUGUAUGUAGUAAUUCCCACAAGAAGGUCCACAGCAGAGGCAUUUCAAAUACUCAUUGCACACGCUCUUGGGGAUGCAGGCAGUCCUUAUCUUAUUGGACUUAUAUCGGAAGGAUUAAAGUCCACAUUCUUGUCGGAUAUAGGAAGACAAUCUGAUAUUUAUGAUAGUCAAAAUAUAAGCGUAGAGUUCCAUAGUCUACAAUAUGCAAUGUUUCUUACAAUGUUUGUAGAAGUAUUCGGUGCUCUAUUCUUUUUCCUGACAUCAUUACAUAUACAGCAGGACAAGGCAUUAGUUGAUCUUGCUAUUGCGGGUGAAAGUCUUUCCGAUUCAGUAUGUAUUUGCAACGACGCAGUUAACAGCGAAUUACAAAAUGAUACAAAUACUAUACUGGAAUUUAAUAGACACGUGGAACCAUCUGACUAGAUUUUUGUAGGAUCUUAAUACUUUAAAUAAGGUAUGAAUGUAUUGUUACGAAUGUAUAGUAUGAUUCUAUCAAAUAUUUGUUUUUAUGAUGUAAAAUGGUUAUUGAUACAAAGAUACAUGUAUUAUGUGCAGAAUGUAUAUUU